CUUGACAGCCAUUUUGGAUUCUGGACGACUAGCCGUUAGGAUUUUUUGGGGGAGCAGUUAGCCACUUUUUAAAAUUUGACAUAAAUUGAAGAUAGCCAUUUCAAGUUCUUCAUAGGAAAGGGGAGCGCCGCUUUACAGGAAGAGUGGGCUUACUGUGACAUGUCAACGAUGAAUCCAGAAUAUGAUUAUUUAUUCAAGCUGCUUCUGAUUGGUGACUCCGGCGUUGGGAAGUCCUGCCUCCUCCUGCGAUUCGCUGACGACACGUACACUGAAAGCUACAUUAGCACUAUUGGUGUGGACUUCAAAAUCAGGACUAUAGAAUUAGACGGGAAGACAAUUAAGCUCCAGAUCUGGGACACGGCGGGGCAGGAGCGGUUUCGCACCAUCACAUCCUCCUACUACAGGGGCGCACACGGCAUCAUCGUAGUCUAUGAUGUCACGGACCAGGAGUCUUUUAAUAACGUCAAGCAGUGGCUACAGGAGAUAGACCGAUAUGCCAGUGAAAACGUCAACAAGCUGCUGGUCGGAAACAAGUGUGACCUGACAACGAAGAAGGUUGUGGACUACACAACAGCGAAGGAGUUUGCCGACUCCCUGGGCAUCCCCUUCUUGGAAACGAGCGCCAAGAACGCCACCAACGUGGAGCAGGCGUUCAUGACCAUGGCGGCGGAGAUCAAGCGGAGGAUGGGCCCCGGGGCCACGGCCGGCGGCUCCGAGAAGUCCAACGUGAAGAUCCAGAGCACUCCGGUCAAACCCUCCUCCGGGGGGUGCUGCUGAGGCCUUUACCCGCCCCCCCCCCCCCCCCACGCCCAGCCCCCCCUCAGAGCCUCCCAUCACCACGCUCCACACCUAGAGCGAGAGCGAGAGAGAGAGAGAGAAAGAGAGAGAGAGAGAUGAAUAUUAAACGAGUUGCCUGACUCUGUACUGUAUGUAGCCGCACUACCAGAUUAUCGAUGUUCUCCGAUUAAAAAUAACACACACACACGCACACGCACACGCACACGCAUGCACACACACACACACACACAAGCACACAUGCACGCGCACACACACACACACACACACACACACACACACACGCAGGUCGAAAGAAAGGUCAGCGAUUUAAGACUUAAGGAGAGACUGAUAACCUCCACCCCUCCCCUUCUCCCUUAACUACAUCCCUCCCCAUUCUGGGCUGCUUUCACCCAGUUCUCGACCUCCCCACACCCCACCCCACACCCCCCACACACACCCCACACCCCCCACCCCCCACACACACCCCCCACACACACACCCCACACCCCCCCACACACACCCCACACCCCCCACACACACACCCCACACACACACCCCACCCCCCACACACACACACCCCACACCCCCACCCACACCCCACACACACACACCCCUCACACACACCCCUCACUCUCCCUACACAUGGUUCCCCUCCCUGGUGUCCUCUCUCUGCAGGUUUAUAAAUAUGGAAGAGAAUAAUGUUCAGUCUCACUGCAUUCCUGCUGCAGGUGUGGUCUGCCCGGUUUCACAACCUCCUUCUUUUUUCCACACUUUUUUUAUUCUCUUAUUUUUCUUUGUUUUUUUUUUUUCUGUUUUGUUUUUGUUUUUGUUUUUGUUGAUUUAUUUGCUGUUUAUAUCUCUCAUUUCUGUCUCUGAGGAUGAAGUUUUGUCGAUGUUCGUCAGCCAACAGCACAACACUGUUUCACGGUCCUGCGUCAAAGAGAGUCCAGUGAAAUAUGUAUGUUAUAUAUAUAAAUAUAUAUGUAAGAUCUGAUUUUGCUAGUCUUUUAGAGGAGGUAAGUGGAAUAAAUGACAUUAUUUGAUGAGUAGUUUAACUUCAUAAUCUGCAUUUAAUUUCUGGCUCAAGGUUAUUGUAAUUUUGUUGCACAAUAUCUUACAUUAAAAAAGAAUGGAAGAAAUGUUUAAUAAACAUUGUACUUACUGGAAUUCCUACUAGACUAUGAUAUAAAAAAUGGUCUCCGAUUCUUAGUGGUUGUAUGUAGAAUACCUUUUGUGUUUUAAUUAUUUAUUCUACAUUUAUUUGGCAGGUAUAUUGUACUGAUGAUUACAUACUGUUUGCAGUUUUUGGCCAUCACCUGUGGAAUCCCCUGAUUACAAAUGUCAGAAGCCCUAAUUUCAAACACUAUGUUCUCUUUUUUUUUUUCAUAAUAAAGGCAACUGAAUUCAGUUUUAAA